UAGGAAAUUAAACGAACUAGGAAUUCUCUCAUUUAGUCCACACGCCUGCUUCCCCCUUUGGCUCUUUCUCUCUUACAAAAGUUUUCCUUUUAUAAAUUAUUGAUUCUCUCUAAAUUUCUCUCUAAAUGGCAUUGAAAACCCUAACAUGGGCUCGCCGCCUUUGCUGUUUCAAGUAAAAAGGAGUAACAGCGUAUUCACCUAUUCAGAAGGAUGGCGGAUGGCUAGGGUGGUGAUUUUAUUCGGCAAGGAUUAGCAUUUGGAGGGGUAAUCAAGGAUUUUAAUUUGAAAAGUUUUUAGCGGGCGUUGUUAACUGGACAGAUUUUGCUUUUCGUUAUUGCAAAUGGCAGAUGAUGGCAUAAGGGUAGGUGGGCUUUCAUCUGGAUUGGCUGUAAUAUUGAAUGGUGAGGAUGGGAAGGAGAAUUCGUCAAAAACUCAUCUGGUUUCAUAUUGUGAUGAUUUUGGUAAUCAGCCUGUGGAGCGAGCUCUUGAAUACAUUUUUGGUCUUCCCAGCAAAUCUAUUGGUCCAUUGACUGGUCCAGUUGACAGUGAUGUAAUCCGCUCUAUUAUCAAGGGUAAUUUUUUGAAAUUUCAUUCGAAUUCUGACUCUUUGGCUAGCAAUAGGGAAGGACUUGUUGUUUUGGACAAUGGCUGCCAGCCUUACAAAGUUGGGCUUGAAGAAUUAAGCAUUUAUGGUGAUAUUAGAAUUGUGAAGCCCCCUUUGCUUUUGGAGAGUUUAGCAAUCUUCAGUAGCGCCAGGGCUAACGUUUGUGUUUGGAAAGGAAAAUGGAUGUAUGAAGUUACACUAGAAACUUCUGGCAUACAACAGCUUGGAUGGGCAACACUAUCUUGCCCUUUCACUGAGCAUAAGGGUGUAGGUGAUGUGGAUGAUUCUUAUGCAUUUGAUGGGAAAAGGGUUAGGAAGUGGAAUAAGGAGGAUGAGCCAUAUGGCCAAUCAUGGGUUGCUGGUGAUGUCAUUGGUUGUUGCAUUGAUUUGGAUCAUGAUGAGAUAUUGUUUUACAGAAAUGGUGUAUCUCUUGGGGUGGCCUUUCAUGGUAUUCGCAAAAAGGGACCUGGAUUUGGAUAUUACCCUGCAUUGUCUCUUUCUCAAGGUGAAUGCUGUGAAUUAAAUUUUGGGGCUCGGCCCUUCAAAUACCCUAUUCAGGGCUUCCUUCCCCUUCAGGAACCUCCCUCGAUAAAUCUUUUUGCUACUCGGUUGCUUCGAUGCUUAUCCAAGUUUUUUGAUCUGCAGCGUAUGGAGGGAGUUGAUAGUUCAUCAGUUGGGAAAUUAAGAAGAUUAAAGAGGUUUGUGUCACUUGAUGAACUAUUUUAUCCUGUUUGUCAUGGGAUAUGUGAGGAAUUGUUCUGUAUACUUGAGGAAGAUGCAGGGAACACAGAGUAUGUAGCAUGGGGUCCACUCCUUUCAUUCAUGAUGGAGGUCUUCAGAUUGCAGCCAGCACAUGACUAUUCGAGUUUGGAUAGACUUAUAGAUAUGCUCCUAGAGUUUCAGGAAUCACGUCUAAUGUUUGAGUGUAUCUUCAGCGCCCUUUCAAGUUGCUGCAAAACAGCAUCACUGGUGUUAACCGAAUGCCCAUACUCAGGAUCUUAUUCUUAUCUUGCAAUGGUAUGUCAUAUUUUAAGAAGGGAAGAAUUAAUGGUUCUCUGGUGGAAGUCACCAGAUUUUGAAUUCUUGUUUGAAGGUUUUCUAACGCAAAAGAGUCCAAGCAAGCAGGAUCUUCAUACCUUGAUGCCUUCAGUUUGGUGGCCUGGUGCAUGUGAUGAUAUUUCCUGUGAAUCUAGCAUGUUGUUGACAACUGUAGCUUUAUCUGAGGCAGUCAGCAAGAUUGAGGAGAAGCACAGGGACCUCUGUCUUUUGGUCAUGCAGUUUAUACCACCUACAAAACCUCCCCAGUUACCUGGUUCGGUGUUUAGGACAUUUUUACAGAAUUUUUUGUUGAAGAAUAGGGGCGCAGAUCGCAAUGUGCCACCUCCUGGAGUUUCAAGCAACUCUGUUCUUGUUUCUUUGUAUACGGUCAUACUUCAUUUUCUAUCCGAAGGAUUUGCCAUGGGGGACAUAUGUGGUUGGUUGAGGAGCUGUGAAUCAAACAAUCACAAUGUUGGGUUUCUUCAUAGAGGUGGUGAACAUAGUUUCCCUGUAGAUUUAUUUCUUAAAAAUGAUUCUUAUCAAACUGACAUUUCAAGGCUUGGGGGAUCAUUUAGUCAUCUAUCAAAAUCUCAUCCUGCAUAUGAUCAGGAAAUGGAAGUAAUACGGUGGGAAGAAGGCUGUAUGGAUGAUGAAGAAACCAGAGUAACACACAAAACCACACAGAAACCAUGUUGUUGUUCAAGUUACGAUGUUGAACUGUCAAAAACGUCAAAGCAUCCAAUUAUGUAUACAGCAAAAGCUUCUCGUGUUCAUUGUACCCCUCUUCCCGAGAGGUCUGUGCAUGUUCCUGCUGAAUGCAGUGCAGGAAGUUUGAAUGAUGAGAUUGCAGACAAGCCUAGCACCGGUGAUCAUUCUGAGUCAGAGUUUGGUUAUUGCCCAAUGCGAGAUAUGAGGAUUUUGCCAAGGGAGAGUGACAUCUCUUCAGCUACACUGAGAGAAGAAGAACUUCUAGAUACUUUGCUUUUGUUGUAUCACAUAGGUCUUGCGCCAAACUUUAAACGGGCAUCAUACUACAUGUCUCAUCAGUCACAGUCAAUAUCACUUCUGGAAGAAACUGAUAAGCAAAUAAGAGAAAGAGGUUGUAGUGAACAAUUACGGCGUUUGAAGGAAGUUCGUAAUGAUUAUCGAGAAGAAGUUAUUGAUUGUGUCAGACAUUGUGCAUGGUAUCGCAUCUCUCUUUUCUCUCGCUGGAAGCAGAGAGGAAUGUAUGCAACAUGCAUGUGGAUAGUCCACCUGCUUUUGGUUCUUGGCAAAGUGGAUUCUUUAUUCGUAUAUGUACCUGAAUUCUAUCUUGAAACCAUGGUUGACUGUUUUCAUGUGUUGCGCAAGAGUGAUCCUCCAUUUGUUCCUUCUGCAAUAUUUGUUAAGCAAGGACUUGCCUCAUUUGUUACUUUCAUAGCUUCCCACUUCAACGAUCCAAGGAUAGUGAGCGCAGAUCUAAAGGAUCUUCUUCUCCAAUCUAUAUCAGUGUUGGUGCAGUAUAAGGAAUAUUUGGCAGUUUUUGAGGGCAAUGAAGCAGCCACGCAGAGAAUGCCAAAAGAAUUACUGUCAGCCUUUGAUAACAGAUCCUGGAUUCCAGUCACCAACAUUCUUCUGCGUUUGUGCAAGGGUUCCCGCAUUGCUUCUUCAAAGCAAGGAGAAUCAUCAUCAUCAUCUUCAUCAGUUGUUUUUCAGAAUUUGUUGCGAGAAGCUUGCAUCAAUGAUGAAGCAUUGUUCUCAGCCUUUCUGAAUCGCCUAUUUAAUACUCUUAGCUGGACAAUGACAGAGUUCUCUGUUUCUAUUCGGGAAAUGCAAGAAAAAUACCAGCUAUUGGAGUUUCAGCAAAGAAAAUGCUGUGUAAUAUUUGAUCUCUCAUGCAACCUUGCAAGACUUUUGGAGUUCUGUACCCGUGAGAUUCCUCAAGCGUUCUUAUCAGGAACUGAUACAAACCUCCGGAGGUUAACUGAAUUAAUUGUCUUUAUUCUCAACCACAUAACUUCAGCUGCAGAUACCGAGUUUUUUGACUUGUCGCUUAGACGCCAUGGUCAAUCGUCAGACAAAGGAAAUCGAGGCACGAUAUUAGCACCUCUUGUGGGGAUCAUUUUGAGUUUGAUGGAUGCAAGUGUGGAGAUGGAAUGUGGAGGGAAGAAUGAUCUUGUAGAUGUUUUUGCUAGCAUGGAGUGCCCUAGUAUUAUGCACUGUGGGUUUCAGUAUCUCUUGGAGUAUAACUGGGCUGGUUCAUGCAGAGGAGAUCCUUAUCUAGGGAAACUAGGGCAGCUCGAGAAUUUCUUGAGCCUUCUUAUGAGCCGAAUUGAGGUGCAACAAAUGGAACGGAUGAGAAGUGGAGGUGAAACAGGUGCUGAUGAUGGCAUCUGCUGCAUUUGUUAUACAAGUGAAGCAGAUGCAAAGUUUGUCCCUUGUUCCCAUAAGUCUUGCUAUGGCUGCAUAACAAGACAUCUCUUGAAUUGCCAUAGAUGUUUCUUUUGCAAUGCAACAGUGUUGGAGGUUAUUAAGAUUGGUGUAUAGAGAAUGUUAAGUCUCUGCUUCUUGUAUUUUCUGGUUGCCUGGAAUGUCCCGCUGGCAUGGCCUGAGAUCUUAGCUGGUCAUGGAUUUGUCAGUGACUGCUUUUGAAUCCCUAUUUUCUGGUGUCUUGGACUGAUGUGGCAUCCGACCUGUUUGCUUCUCAGUGCUUCCGUGGCAGCCCAUAGGUUUGUGAACCAGUGGCACAGAAGCUGGAAAAAAGGAAGGAAAAAGGCGAUAAAUUGAUGAACGAUGCUGGAAUAUGAAAAAUGAAUAUAUACUAUAUAUACUUAGGAAUAUACAUACAUAUAUGUAUUUGCUUUAUAUGUGGGUUUUCACUUCUCAAGGUGAAAAGGUGGAUGGGAGUUGGGAAGAAAAUUCUCAUAGGUUGAUUAAGAAUUUUGUAGGGAAAUUUGAGGGAAUUAUUUCUGUAAAUAUGAGAUGUAAAUGGCAAUGAAAAUAUGUGCUCUCUCUCUC